AUGAAUGAUAGACGACCAGAAUUUAGCUAUAAUAAAAUCAAUCAACAUGUGACAAGCCUUUUUGGUCCAAGCGAUGAUGAGGAUAAUAAUGAACAAGUAUCUCGUUCACCAUUCAUUCUUACCGGAUUACCACCGGAGCCUCAAGAAGGUAAUAUUGAAUAUAAACUUAAAUUAGUUGAUCCAAAUCCAUUUCGUCUUGAACAUUUAAUAACUCAAAUGAAUUGGCGUUUACAAGAAGGACAAGGUGAAGCUUUAUAUGAAAUUGGUGUUGAAGAUUGUGGUACAUUUAGUGGUGUUAGUAGUGAUGAAUUAGAAUCAUCAUUAACAACAUUAAAAAAAAUGGCUGAUAGAUUAGGUGCAUCAAUAACAAUACUUCAUGAACGUAAAUUAGAAAAUGAUCGACAUAUUGUUGAAGUACUUGUACGAAAAGUUCCUGAUGAUCAAUAUUUUAUUGAUUUACGUGUUGCUGUAUUGGGUACAGUUGAUAGCGGAAAAAGCUCACUUGUUGGUGUUUGUACACAUGGUGAACUUGAUAAUGGACGUGGUCGUGCAAGACUUAAUUUAUUUCGACAUUUACAUGAAAUUCAAACAGGAAGAACAUCAUCAAUAACACAUGAAAUUCUUGGAUUUAAUAAUCUAGGAGAAAGUAUUGAUUAUGGUUGUUGUCGAACAGCAAAUGAAAUUUGUAAUCGAUCAACUAAAAUCAUAACAUUUAUUGAUCUUGCUGGUCAUACAAAAUAUAUGAAAACAACUUUAUUUGGUCUUGCUGCACAUGCUGCUGAUUUUGCAAUGUUAUGUGUUGAUGCACCAUCAAGUGUUGUUGAUACAACACGUGAACAUUUUUCAUAUGCAAGAACAUUGGAUGUACCAGUUUUUGUUGUAAUUAAUAAAAUAGAUUUAUGUUCAAAUACUAGUAUACAACAAACAAUAACUUGUUUAACAUAUUUAUUAAAACAUGGAAAUAGUUCUAUACAACUUCUACCAUAUGUUGUUCAAAAUGAAGAAGAUCUUGUUAAAGCAGCUGAUAUGUUUGUUGAAAAAAGUAUUUGUCCAAUAUUUACUAUAUCAUGUGUAACUGGUGAAAAUAUUAAUUUAUUAAAAAAAUUUCUUAAUAUUCUUCCACCACGUUUGAGUACUAAAGAUCAAGAAAGACUUUCAUUAUUACCUGUAGAAUAUCGAAUUGAUGAAAUCUAUAGAAAUAAUGAAUCGGGUGCAGCUGUUGUUGGUGGUACAUUAAGAGGUGGUUUAAUACGAGAAGGAGAAAGUUAUCUGGUUGGUCCUUUAUUAGAUGGUACAUUUUUACCCGUUAAUGUAACUACUAUACAUCGAUAUAGAGUCCCAAGACGAAUAGUUCGUGCUGGUCAGGCUGCUUCACUUAGUUUACUUCAUAUAGGAGGCAGUCGAUUACGUAAAGGUAUGGUACUUGUUUCAUCAACAUUAAAUCCUGAGGCAUGUUUUGAAUUUGUUGCGGAAAUUUAUCUUUCAAUGCAUCAUACAAAUACAUCAAUACGUAAAGGUUUUGAAACAACUGUUCAAAUAGAAAAUAUUCGUCAAACAGCUUUAAUUAUUGAAAUGGAUAAAGAAGAAUUACAUGCCAAUAAACAAGCUAUAGUUACAUUUCGAUUUCGUAAUCGAUGUGAAUAUGUUGUUGAAGGAUCUCGAUUAAUAUUUCGUUCUGGUCAACAAACAAAGGGUACUGGUCAUGUAAUAAAAGUUCAUCCUCAAUUAAAACAGUAG